UUGUUUUGUUUAUGUGUCAGACGAAGACGCUAAGCCUAAAAUCUAUAUUUUUCCUGAAAAAUGUGUGAUAUUAAUGAUACAACACUCAAAUUAAGUGUGAAGUGGAAUGGAAAAGAGUAUGAAAUACCCGAAUUCCAACCUUCUGAUUCGGUGGCCAUGCUCAAAAUCGCCAUCGAAAAUGCCACUGGCGUCCGACCGGAAAGACAAAAAUUACUCAACAUCAAGUUCCAAGGAAAAGUAGCCACAGAUAAUUACACGUUGGCAGAACUGAAUCUAAAGCCGAACCUCAAGAUCAUGAUGAUGGGAUCUCUGGAAGAGGCCAUUGAAGGGGCGAUGAGCAAGCCCGACGUCGGCGAUGAGGUGGUCAACGACUUGGACAUUGAAGAAGAAGAAGUGGAUGUAGAAAAUCAAGAGAUUUAUUUAGCAAAAAUUAAUAAAAGAGUAAAGGAUUAUAAGAUCAAUGUGCUGAACGAGCCUCGCCCCGGGAAGAAACUGCUAGUCCUAGAUAUAGACUACACACUGUUUGACCAUCGCUCUGUUGCUGAAACUGGCUAUGAACUGAUGCGUCCAUUCCUCCACGAGUUCCUGACAUCGGCCUACGAGGACUAUGACAUCGUGAUCUGGUCAGCGACGGGCAUGAAGUGGAUUGAGGAGAAGAUGCGUCUCCUCGGAGUGUCCUCACAUCAGCAGUACAAGAUCAUGUUCUAUCUGGACUACCUGGCCAUGAUCACCGUGCACUGCACCAAAUAUGGAACUAUUGAUGUAAAACCGCUCGGCGUGAUCUGGGGUAAAUACCCGCAGUACAGCUCCAAAAACACAAUAAUGUUCGACGACAUCAGAAGAAACUUCAUAAUGAACCCCAAAAGCGGUCUUAAAAUACGACCGUUUAGACAAGCUCACUUGAACAGAGAUAAAGACAGAGAGUUGUUGCACCUCUCAACUUACCUGCGUGAUAUAGCUCAGUACUGUGAUGACUUUGACACUCUGAAUCACAAGAAGUGGGAGAAAUAUAAGCCUGAUAAGAAUAGGACGCAACAGGCGGCUGGCAGUAAGAGGAAGGCUGAGGACGCUACGUCGACGCCGCCUAAGGAAUGACUGAUGGUAGUUUAUUGAAUACUUGCGGCCUCUACAUAUGAUGCGACCGCCUACAAGUUUAUUUAUAUUUAACCUACUUAUAAUUGUUAAAGAUCAUUCAUGUGAGACUUUAAAAACAUCAAAGUACUUAUAGUCUUUUUUUGGAGGACAUGCUGAGCAUCUCUAUCAGCUAAAUAAAUUCCAUAGAAAUAAUAAUGAAGUUGCAUUUUCAUGUAUUUAAUUCUACUCGAAUUCAAUAUUACAUAUAAAAGGGUCUAAUUUAGUUUAAGCGGCCGGUCGCAUCGGUGAAAAGACUCAACCAAACUUUUUGAUACAAGUCAGAAUCUUUGAUAUAAUAAGUUGUGUAAGAAUGUACUGUUUCUUUUAGUUAAUGUAGGUAAAACGCAGUCUAACUGCUUAAAACUCUUGUGCAGGUAUCUAUUUUGUAAAUGUGAUGUAUUUUCUCUUGAUUAAUUAAUGGAUAUAAGUGCCUAUUUCGUAAAGUCUUCUUAGUGUAGCGGUAACAAACAUUAGAGCUGGUCUAGGGUUUGUCAGCUUUUUGGUAGAUUCAGAAAAUUUUAGUCAUCAAUUUCAUUUUUAAUAUACUUAAGUUUAAUAAUUUAUAGUAUUCAUGACAAAAAAUACUUUAAGUAGGUACAUAUUCCUUUUAAAUAUAGAUUCAUUACGAAAUAUCAAAGUAGUUCAUGAUUGUUUAAAAUGCUGCUGUAAAGUAUCCAUUGUACAUAAUAAAAUUGAUGUCAAUAAUAAUAAAAGUAUUGUAUUUAGCUAGAUAUUUCCUACUGAAUAUAAAUACAACUUCAUA